ACUCCGCAAUUUUAUGGUAGAGAAAAAAAUCCAUGACCCUGCUUUGAAUUAUUUAUAUGUGUAUUUUGUUGUAGUGGUAAUGAUCGUUGGAUUGGUCGAUUUUGCACCGUUGGCUGCCCUGAAUUGCAUCCCGAACAGCACCAAGUGUCGGCAAAUGAGAGGAACGCGUUCGGCGCAUGUGCGGCAAUCGCGGAUUAAUCAGAGAACAACCGCCGAUUCGUUGACACGUUCUGACGUUUCAGUGCUCGAAAUGUACAGUUCGUGUCGCGUGUAUUAUAGAUUUUCAGUACGGGCGGUGAACAUUGGAAUGUGAUCGCGAUUAGAUGCGAGGGUGUCAAAACGAGGUGGAACUGUCAGAAUUUCUCACAGUUUGUUAUAGCACGGCCGUUCCGAUUAAUGCGUGCGACUUGACGAUUUCAGUCGCGGCAUAAAACUAAGGAGACGCUCAACUUUGUUGAAUAAAUUUGUCGGAGCAAGUAAUAAAUUAUAAGUUUGUUGAUUUAUUUGUAAUAAAUUUUUAUGAAAUACUUAAUCAAAAUACAUCUAACCUAUCUCUGUAUGUUGUCACACGAUCAUCUGCAUAUCAGUUAAAAAGUGCGCGCGAAGUGUUCUAUUCUCAUUGUCUGAAUGAUACGCUAUCGCGGUACUAUGAAGUUACACAAUGGAGCUUUCCGAAUCGCGAAACGUUAUUAAAGAUUUAGAUUUAACCCUUCAAUCGCGAAUCGCGCCACGUUACAAGACCUGGCUGCCGUUAGGGACACAACAGUUAAGACUCAGAAGCUUAGUACAAAUAAUAGGCCAUAAUCUGAAAGCUGAUGCAAAUGGAGAAGCGUGUUGGUACUACUACACCCUGCAUAGUUCAAGUAUGUCGUCACCCUUGUACACAAGUGAGGCAAUUGACAACGCCAAUCCGAGAUGGUCUUGUCUGGAAGUACCAACUCUGCAUGCCACAGGUUACUCAACAGCCAGUGAAAUUAUUAUAAGAGUUUGGAAGCGUUUGAUACCAGCUGAUGCUACAAAACCUGAUGUGACUCUCUUCACCUGGGGCAUAUCGUUUACCGGAUUGACAUAUAUCGGUUCUAAACUCCCGGUUAAUCUGGAAACCAUUUUGAAAGAAAAUUCUUUGAUAUUUUAUUUUCACGGUGGAUACUUCACACCUGUGUACUGCUGUGUGACAACUCCAGAAUUGAAACGUUAUCUUUACAUGAACAUAAAUGUGUCUGAGGUGAAAAACAGUUAUACUGUGAACAAGUUAAGUAAUCUGCGAAGCAAGAUGCAGGCGUUGAAACAGCAGACGGAAUCGGUGCAAGCGCUCAGAAUACGCAUUGAGUCGGGUGAUGAUUUUUAUACUCCCAAAUAUCCACAAACAACUCUGAGCAGACUGUUGCAACCGCGAAGAGUAAAUAAGGAGAAGAAGAUGGAAAUUCUAAGGAUACGUAAAGAGCUGGAACUGGCUAAAUUUAGGACGAAAUUACUGGAACAAGAAAGAGCACGGAAAAUGGCGGAGAUACGUGUGUUGAAUCAAUUGCAUAACAAUAUUGUGGAAGAAAAUCAAGACCAUGGUUCUAUCUUGUUGGAAAGAUACAGAGAGCUGAAUAGAGACAUGGACAAACUGAAUGAGUGGCGACAAAAUCACAUGGAGACAAGGGAAACGUAUUUGCAUAAAAGCAGUCAACUUGCUCAAAGACGGCAGCAAUUAAUCUCAGAAUUGAGCUUAAUAUAUCCGAUUAAACAGGAUAGCACUGGAAAAUUCAGAAUAAAUAACGUUUACUUACCGGACAGCGAGGAGUUGGAGUUGUCGAACGACACUCAAGUGGCCGUAGCGUUGGGCUUUGUCGCGCAUACGACACAAAUGAUCGCAAAUUUUCUGAACGUACCGACCAGAUAUCCCAUCAUACAUUACGGCUCGCGUAGCAAGAUCAUAGAUCAUAUUACCGAGAGUUUACCUGACAACGACAGACAGUUUCCGUUGUUUGCCCGAAGCAAGGACAAAUUGCAGUUUCAUUAUGCCGUGUAUCUAUUAAACAAAAACAUAUCCCAAUUGCGGUGGUACUGCGGUCUUCCAACUACCGAUUUAAGAGCAACGUUGCCCAAUCUCGCCACGCUGAUCAAUAUUAAACCCAAUCAGAUCUAUUUAGACGAUUCCAAACGAACAUUCUCUACCUCAUCAUUGGAUACUGAAGGUGGUAAUGGUAAACAUAAUCCACCUCUCACGCCGCCAUUGCAAAAAUUACUUUUUGAAAAAUGCCACCGUUCCUCUCGGUCGAUGAGUCAGUUGCGGAUAAUAAAGUCGUCACUUGGAUCUUCCUUGGAUCAGGGUCUCGACAAACCGGUACAAUCGCCCGCUUUGGGCAGUCAGUCGAAGCGUAUCUGCAAAUCGGAGGAGAGUGCCAUUGACAAUAAAGCUUUGGUACUGGCCAAAAACAAGUCGAGCAAUAGCAGUAAUGAGACAUUAAACAGUGCCAUUCUGAAUAUUGAUAACCUAUCUUUUAAGAAUAAAGAUAAUUUUGUCGAAAGUAGCGAUAAAGUUGUUAUUGAAAGUAACAUUGAAAUCAUGAUACCCACCUCGGUUUCUAAGGCGGGUAAUCUCGCGGAUAGUCUGGAAAGUUCUGUAAGCGCCCGAGACAGAAGCUCGAAUUCUAUAAGCAGCUGUGAAAUGGCUCUCGGUAAUGGUCAGACCGACGCGGAUGAAAGUAUAAAUGGCAGUCACGUCGGUAGAAAGGAAGAAUUGGCCGAGAUCGAAGACGACGUGUUGCCGAUAGAUGACACUUUAAAAAAUGUCAGAGAUGCGAUAAACAGCGCGUGGAAGAACAGCGCAGAACAUAAUUGCAAAAACCAAGUUUUACAGAAUUAUGACACUAGCACAACGUCAGUUAACGAACAAAAUAGUAGUAGUAAUAUACAGAAACAAAGCCCACUUACGGAAACUGCCAUUCACAGCAGAGAGCGUCUCGCUAAAUCGUGCUUGUCGUUGGACAAGGUGUGUACUUACGAAGUAUCGGAACAAAUCGGAACGCAAGAUUCCACUCGCAGUUAUUCGGAACAAUGUACAAACGAUGUCGCAUUACGACAAAAACGCAACUCCGAAUCCAAAUCGGACAAAUCGAGCUAUACUCAACAAGUUGAGAAAUGGUCUCAGGAUAUUGUAAUAAGUGAACCAAUGAUAGACACAAGUUCAAUUCUAAGCGCAUCGGAUUGCUUUUCGUAUGACGAAACGACGAGAUCGCAGUGUGACAUUCAAGCGUCGAGCGAGUACAUAGACAUCAUUAGACGUAGCUCGGAGAACGUGUGUGCGCGCACCGAAGCUUUAGCCAACAAGAAAACUAGUUUCAAAGUUAUGAAACCGCGUCUUUAAUACACAUACAUAUAUAUCAUCAGCCUAUACAUCAUACAGCGCUGUGUCCUAAUAAUAUAUGUAUAAGCACCAAAGGUUUUUUGGACAAAUAAGAUUCAGUUAUAUAUAUCUUACACUCGUGCUACAUCGGUAACGUUUAUAGGUCUUAUAUUUAAAAGUUAAAUUUGAUUGACAUUGUGAAAAAUAUUAAAUAAUAUAUCAUUUACACUCUCUCUCUAUC